UUUCUGAAGCACGUAAAAGCCGCAUCAGAAUCGACGCUGCUGGAUACAGCAGGGCCAUCCAGGCAACUCAAACUCUCUGCUCUGUUAGACGUUUUGUCUUCUUGAGUUUCUAACUUUAGUGUAAAUGUUUUAAAUAUUUGUCAGUUCGAUGUUUUAUAAAAUUUAAAAAUUGCGGGGAAAAUUUAAGGGCUUAAAAAUACAUACAUUUACGAGCUCAUGCCUGCAUAAUUUGCCACUUCAUUGCUUGUCAUUGAAACUUUGUUGGGCAUUUCCCUCAAAGUAACUAGCUAAAGACCCGAAUCUUUUCUUCUAAUUCCAGUGUUCAUACAAACAAGCCGAGACAUGUCGACGCUAAACAAACUGGCAAUGUUGCUAGCUUGCUAAAUUUUCAUUUGUGCCAGUUUUGAGUUGACUGAGCCUGGAGACGGCUGGGCGGGCAAAGCUCCGGGGUUUGGGUCGCCUGGCUGGGCCACACGGCCUCAGUGAGCCGCGGCUCCCUCCAGCAGGUUUAAAACGCUAGCUGGCCGUCGGUUAGGGAAUAAUAACAACCAACGGUGAUAACGAUAAGUAGCGUUACAUAAGUCAAGAAGCCAUCCCUAAUUAACAAUGAGGGAGGUAAUGAAGUGUGUGAGCCACCAGCAGGCCAGCCAGCUGCUCUGUAACAAGUUUGUUGUGGUUCUGGGAGACUCCAUUCAGCGGGCGGUGUACAAAGACCUCGUUCUCCUGCUGCAGAAAGAGCAAUUCCUGUCCUCGAAACAACUGAGGAGCAAGGGUGAGAUGAGCUUUGAGCAGGACUGCCUGGUGGAGGGCGGUUGUUUGGGCCAAAUGCACAAUGGGACAGGGUACCGGGAAGUGCGGCAGUUCAAGUCUGACCACCACCUGGUCCGCUUCUACUUUGUGACAUGCAUCUACUCAUCCUACAUGAAGAGUGUCCUGGAAGACCUGCGCAAAGGCCUCAAACCUGACGUGGUCAUCAUGAACUCCUGCGUCUGGGAUAUUUCUAGAUACAGUCAUGAGUGGGUGGACGACUACAAGGAGAACCUACACAAGUUCUUCACGGAGCUGAAGGAGAUUCUGCCAGAGAACACCCUGGUCAUGUGGAACCUCACCAUGCCACUUGGCAAGAGGAUCAUUGGUGGCUUCCUGGUGCCCGAGAUUGAGCACAAGUCAGCCCACCUGCGUUACGAUGUUGUGGAGGCCAACUUCUAUAGCGGGACUCUGGCGAACGCCUAUGGGAUGGACGUGCUGGACCUCCACUACCAGUUCCGCUUCUCCCUGCGGCAUCGCAUGAAGGACGGCGUCCACUGGAACGCCAUUGCACAUCGCAGGAUCACCUCACUGGUGCUGCAGCACGUUGCGCAGGCCUGGGGCGUCAUCAUGGUCUGUCCACAGAUUACUCUUGAGCAUGUGUUGCCACUGCAAGUCCCUGACAUUUCUUCCAAAAAUGCAGCCAGAGCAAGUGGUUACUCUGGAAAUUCCUACCCUCCUCCUGCCAACUACUUUUCUUCCAACACAGAGCUGUGCUUGUCAAAGUCGGGAUAUAACAGCGGCUUUGACAAGGAAUUCUCCAGGGAUUACCUUCCCACAUCUGAGAAAGCCCUGCAGGGCUACACCAGCUUCGAGGAGAACGUUCAUCCUAACACAAAGCAGGAUAACCGAGUCCAAAGGGAACGACAUGGACGUGGUCAGGUCAGGAAUGGUGCCGGCUACACAUCAUCCCACCGCUUCCAGCCGUACCCCGCUCCUUCAGGGCACCAUCAGUACAUGACGAGGACCCGAUGUUCCAACCUCCACUAUCCUCCAUACUCAUACCACAGACCCAGACAGCACUCAGCCCGUAGGCACUACUACUAGAUCCACUGCCACUCAGCUGAAGACUGAAAAAUGGUCAACAGAUAUUUGUUCUUCAGCUAUACAUGUUCAUGUGUACUGAUUUGCCACUGUGCAGGCAAGUGAAGGUAGCAGAUACCCAGGUGACAUUUUUUAACAGCUUUCAGAUGAAAAUAAGGGAGUAAUGAGGUGGUAGAGCAGAUGAAAGCUAAACUAGGUAUGUAAUGAACGGUAGAAAGUGAUUUAACAGCUCUAAGCGUAGCACGGCAAGGCCUUUGAAGUUCUUCAUCAUGAGCCUGUGAUGACAAUCGCUACCUCCCUUCUUCCCAGCAGGGUUCUCUCAUAGGUGAAGUUUAUUUGACGUGACUGCCUGUAAAUCUUUCUCUUACAUAGGGAUUUAAUGUAUUCCUCAGUUCUUACUGCUGUUUCUGGUCCAGCAUUAAAAUUGUUCCGAUUUAUCUGAUUCACAGCUCAUUUGUUGCACUAGUUUGAUGAGCUGCUGUGACGUGACUACUCAUGUUAUCUACUAGUGUCACUUUGCUAAUCUCUUGUUUCUUGAUAGUUUAGAGAUUACCCAAGCAGUUAACUUAAUCUUAAAUUUGUUGGUUUACUCGGCUGAUACCUUCAGAGAUCCUCCGGUGGUACAGUUUGCUUGUUUGGAUUUUCAGCUUUUCUAAUUUAACAUUUUUAUUUUUUUAUUUGAAAGGAUUUGUCUUGAGUCACUGGACUUUUUUUUUUUUAUCUGUACUUGUCAUGUGUUCUGUUAAUGUGGAUGCCAGGAUUUGUUUGCAACUGUUAUUGAAUUUGUAACUCCUUUUAACAUCAGCCAAACAGUAAAGUUCUAACUUGCGUUUCA